ACAGCAGGGGUGCUCGGUUGUUGUAGUUUCGAUGAGUUCUGUGACUGCGGGGCUUCUGACUGCAGCAGCUUCCGUCACUCAUGUAGCCGAACAUGGCCCCUGUCAGCCGGGCUGUUGCUGUGGCAGCGCUCUCUCUGCUCUACCUGUGCGGCGGAAUCAUCUCCACGGAGUUCUUCUCCACGCUCACGCUGUUCAACAACGAGCUCCACAAGCAGGGAUGCAGUUCGCUGUCCGAGUGGGAGGACUACGCUGCAGACUGCGACUCUUCAGUUUUGCAGUUUGAGGAUCCGGACUGCGUGGAGGGAAGCAACCCGCCGUGCGAGUCGGUCUUCUCCCUUAACGCUGAAAAGAUCCUGAACCAAGCCAAGUUGUUUAUAGAGCAAAAGAAAAUCCCCUUCCCUGUAGACAACCAAAACACAAACGAGGAACUUGCUAUUUGCUACGUUUUAAUAGGAAAUGGCCUUUAUGAUGAAGCCAUUAAACAUUUCUCUUUGCUACUACAGAGUGACCCAGAGUUAGUCAGUGCCAUCUAUGGUAGAGGGAUAGCCUACGGAAAGAAAAGCCUGCAGGAAAUAAAGAAUGCUGACCUGGCGUUGUACGAGCUUAACCGGGUCAUCACACUCGAGCCCAACUGGCCAGAGGUUUAUGAGCAGAGAGCGGAGAUUCUGUCCCCUCUGGGUCGGAUCAGCGAGGCCCUCAGUGACCUCACCAAAGCUAUCCAGCUGCAGCCAUCAGCUCGUCUCUACAGACACAGAGGAACUCUGCUCUUUAUUUCUGAGGAUUAUGUUGCAGCCAUGGAGGACUUUCAGAGAUCCUUAGAGCUGAAGAAGAAUCAGCCCAUCGCAAUGCUAUAUAAGGGCCUCACCUUUUUCCAUAGAGGCAUGCUAAAGGAAGCCAUCGAGACAUUCAAAGAGGCCUUGAAGUUGAAGUCUGACUUCAUAGAUGCAUAUAAGAGCCUUGGGCAGGCCUACAGAGAACUGGGGGAUUUUGAAUCUGCUAUGGACAGCUUCCAGAAAGCCCUAAUGCUUAACCAGAACCACAUCCAGUCUCUCCAGCUCCGAGGCAUCAUGCUGUACCACCACGGCUCUCUGCAGGAGGCCAUUGGUAACUUUAAGCGGUGUCUCCAGUUGGAGCCGUACAACGAGGUGUGUCAGUACAUGAAGGGCCUGAGCCAUGUGGCCAUGGGUCAGUUCUACGAGGGCAUCAAAGCUCAGACUAAAGUCAUGCUUAACGACCCUCUGCUGGGACAAAAAGCCAGCUCAGAGUACCUCAAAGUGAAAUACCUCCGAGAAUAUUCUCGCUACUUACACUCCCACCUGGAUAUUCCUGUAGCGGAGUACAACGUGGACCAGGACCUACCAGGCAACUUUAAGAAUCACUGGGCCAAGAACCUGCCGUUUUUGAUAGAAGACUAUGAGGAACAGCCUGGCCUGCAGCCACAUAUCAAAGAUGUCCUCCCACAGAACUUCGACAGCUACAGCUCUGAAGUCCAGAAGCUGAUCUGCACGGCCGACCACCUGGGAUUACUGAUGCAGUACGACACUCCAGGAUUCCUACCAAACAAAAGAAUACACAGAGCCAUGGGUUUAGCGACACUGGAAGUGAUGCAGGCCAUGCAGCGCACAUGGAGCAACUCUAAAGUACGAGUUAAUGGAAAGACCCGGCAAAUGCUGUGGAGAGACAUGUUUGACAUCGCCGUCAAAUGGAGGAGGAUCGCAGAUCCAGACCAGCCGGUCCUUUGGUUAGAUCAGAUGCCAGCCAGGAGCCUAAGUCGAGGCUUCAACAAUCACAUCAAUCUCAUCAGGGGGCAGAUUAUUAACAUCAGAUACCUGGCCUACUUUGACAACAUCCUAGAAUUUAUCAAAGACAGAAUAUUAGUGUACCACGGGGCGUAUAACCCAAGAGGCCUCCUGGAGGUCCGCCAAGCACUUGAAAAUGUGAAUAAAGUAGAAGAUCUUCUGCCAAUAAUGAAGUUUAACAGUAAAACCAGAGACGGAUUCACGGUGAACUCCAAGGUGCCAAGCCUGAAGGAUGCUGGGAAGGAGUAUGACGGCUUUACAAUCACCAUCACUGGAGACAGGGUGGGAAACAUGUUGUUCUCAGUAGAGACCCAGACAACAGAGGAACGGACCCAGCAGUACCAAUCAGAGAUCGAGUCUAUCUACAAAGAUCUCACAGUUAAAGGAAAGGCCCUCAUGCUUUCUACUGAGCUUGGGGACGCAGAUGCGGUCUGCAACCUUAUCCUUUCUUUAAUAUAUUACUUCUGCAACCUCAUGCCUCUAUCCAGAGGAUCCAGUGUUGUGGCGUACUCGGUUGUUAUGGGGGCGCUGAUGGCCAGUGGGAAGGAGGUCAUUGGUAGGAUCCCAAAAGGAAAGCUGGUAGAUUUCGAAGCAAUGACGGCACCAAGUCCAGAAAACUUCAGUAAAACGGCAAAAAGCUGGAUGAAUCUCAAAAGUUUACCGAGUUGGUACCGAAGUCUUCCAUCGGUAGCAGAGACCUUCCCGUCCAUCAGAACAAUGAUAGAAGUCCUAAACACAGACUCGUCUUCACAUUGUCCAAAGAAGUCUUGAAACGUCUUCCAACGCUCAGAGAAAUCCGUCAAAGAAAGUCUUAAAAAUGGAGCUUCUGCACAACUCAGCAAAGGCACAGAGUUCUACUUCCCAAACAUCACUGGAUCCCA